CCGCCCAGUUUUCCUAUGUGCACCGCCGAGUUGAAAAUGGAGUUCGGGGAAGGCUGCGAUCUCACAUCGGCUUAUUAAGAAAACAAAAAACAGGAAAAGAAAACAUAAAUACGCACGGCUCCGUGUCCUUUCCUUUUGCUUUGGUUUCAGGACGGACUUAUGCUCUUAUGCGUUGGAGGUGGAUAUUUUAUCAGAAGAUUAUACGCUGCAGUACUCCGCACUAGAUAACGCCGUGUGCCCCCAGUUACCGAGGGAAUUUGUUGCUCCGGAUAAACGUGCCUGCAUUUAUGCUGUUUGGCUCUUUUUUCCCUCCGCCUCUUUUAUUUUCUUUGCUUUUUUAAAAAAAACAUCGGCAUUCGUCUGACUAGCUGAUCGUGGCUUGGUGUGAAUAUCAGGAUGAUUAUUUUGCGGUGGCUGGAUUUUACUGCAGUCGAAGAAAGAACAACUCCAUCUUGCUAUUCUCACGAAUAGAUCACGGUUGUGUGUGUGAUCAGCUGCGAUGCAUUUGCCAUAGACCGUACGAUUUCCCUUCUUUUAUUUGAUAUAAACUGUUGGUCCUGUGUUUUUUCCUCAUUUUUUUUAAAAAUGGUGAUGUUUGCGCGAUUUUUCCCCGCUGUGGCUGCGUCGUUGGUGCGACUAGGAUUGGGAUCCCCGUAAGGAAAAAUGAGCGAGGAAUCGGUUAAUCCAACCAACGAUGACAGUGACUAUUUUGCACGUGUGAGAGCCGUGGUCAUGACUCGGGACGACUCCAGCGGAGGGUGGCUUCCCCUGACGGGUGGGGGUCUCAGCUGUGUCACCGUCAGGAGAGUGCGGCGGCAGGAUGGGGACGGCAGCCGCACCGACUUCCUCAUCCAGGGGGAGAGGCUCAGAGACAAUGCGGUGGUGCUGGAGUGCGUCUUGAAGAAGGAGCUUGUCUACAACAAGGUCACCCCCAUCUUUCACCACUGGAGGCUCAACGAGAAGAAGUUCGGCCUGACGUUCCAGAGCCCAGCAGACGCCCGGGCCUUCGACAGGGGCAUCCGAAGGGCUGUGGAGGACAUCGACCAGGGCUGCCCUUCGACCCACAGUGACCCAGAGAUGUGUGAAGACGGAAUCCAGCUGAAUCCUGAAGCCCCUGCUAUUUGUCCUCCGACAAUGGAGAGGAAGGCAGAGAUCUUCUCCCGGAACGUGGUGACCAGUGAGCCCUGCCGGGUGUGCUACGUGCACGGCCAGACCUUCGACUUCUCGAACCCGAGUCGCCGCUACCUGCCUCCCCCGGUCAGCAUCAAGACCCCACGGCACGUGAGUUUCCAGGACGAGGAGGAGAUCGUGCGGAUCAACCCGCGGCGGGACGUUCUGAGCCGCGGCUAUGAGGAUUACCGGCACCCGGUGACGUGGAGGCCUGGCCCAGAGCGUGACGACCUGGACUCAGGGGGCCCGCUAUUCAAGCACGCUGAGAAGUACCCCGGGCGUGGGGAGCUGGGCUCCGACCCGGCCAAGGGCCCCAAAGCCCCGCCAUCGCCGCCGCUCAAGACGACGAAGGCGUCGCGGAGGCGCCGUGAGGACGGCGAGCGCUCGCGCUGCACCUACUGCCGCGAGAUGUUUAACCACGAGGACAACCGGCGCGGCCAGUGCCCCGACGCGCCUGAUCCUGUGCGCCAGUGCAUCCACCGCGUCAGCUGCAUGCUGUGCGCUGAGAGCAUGCUCUACCACUGCAUGUCCGACUCGGAGGGAGACUUCUCGGACCCAUGCUCCUGCGACCCCUCCGAGGAGCACUUCUGCCUGCGCUGGAUGGCGCUGGCGGGCCUGUCGCUGGUGGCCCCCUGCCUGUGCUGCUACCUGCCGCUGCGUGCCUGCUACCACUGCGGCGAGGUCUGCCGCUGCUGCGGAGGGCGCCAUAAGGCCGCCGGCUGAGCCGCGCCCCCCCUCCCCCCACGCAUUUCUUGACCACCUCCAGAGGGUGACGUCUCUCUCUCGCUUUCUCUCUCUCUCCUGGAGCCUUUGGAGAAGGAGGGCUGUUUUUUUUGCCCCCUCCAGGCCGUGAGCGGUGAGCGCCUCAGCCUGCGAGGGAACGGAGAGGCUCUGUAGUGCUCCACGCCGAGGACGAGGCAGAUCACGACAAAAUCACAGGCACACACUCACACGCGCAGACGCACGCACACACACACGCACACGCUCAUACACUUACGCAUCUAGACCGCAAAGCCGGACUAACAGAUGCAGCGAUGUCGAUGAGAACCAGAGCGGCACGCUGUGCUCGUCAACAUGUGUUUGUGUGUACCCUUGUGAAGGAAUCUGUUGUCUUUAGUGCAGAAAACAAACAAACAAAACAAUGUCGAAACAAGCCAACGUCUUGCGACUGAAAACUAGAACAGAGAAUAGCUUUGGGAGUGUACAGCAAAAGGGAUCUACAUGGCUCUUCUUUUUCCAUUUGCGGUCGGUAACAGUGGCCUUUUUCUCAGAAAUAUCGCAUUUGCUGGUGAAACGGCGCAGUUUUUGCCACGGGAGCCUCAAGAGCGGGUCUUGACGCCAUUGACGGUUCGCCUUCCUGACCCUCACGUGACCGUGCAGGUGCGAUAGGUGUGCUUCUCGUUCGUUUGGGACUGUCUGUUGCGAUCCUCAUCAGUUUUGCCGCCAUUUUGCGACUGCCCCGCACUUGGCAAGGCCAGUUCACACACAGUAUUUCAUUCCAAUGCAAGAUGAUUCAUUCCGUAACAAAAACGUCUGCGCCCAUGUACACCCUGCCGGGGGGUUAAAAUUAUUAACAGUUAUACUUAAUUUUCUGUAUCAGAGGUAAAGAAGCCCUUAUUUAAUGAACUCGAGACCAAUCUAAAGUAGUUUUACUAUCAAGUGAUCUUGAUAAUGUUUUCUUUACAUCUACUGUGGUUAUCUGCUUCAGAUAUUUUCGUUUGGUUUUGUUUUCUAUUCUUUCUGUUUAACUGACAAUAAGCAUUUCAUUCAGCAGUUUUUUUGUUUUUAAUUCUGGCUCUGACUACCCGUUUACAGUGGCACUUAAUGGUCAGUCAAUCCUUCGCAGUCUCUUUCGAAUAAGGAUGGGAUUUAUGACAAUAUUCCCCAGACAUAAAGAAACCAAAAAACACAAUAAAGUAAAUUGGACAAUUUUUGAAAGUGCUGGUUUCCACAUUCACUACGAUUCCCGUUUAAAAUGAGAUCAGUAAAAUCCACCACACAGCAACAAAGAUGUAUAUAUGUAUACGUAUAUGAAUAUAUACAUUUACAUAUAGCUGAUAGCCUGUCUGCGUGCAUGUGUAUAUUUGCGUAUGUAUACUUGUAUAUCUCCACGUAAAAUUAUGUAUAACAACAUGCUCGCGCAUACUAUGUCAGUAGGCAAUAAAUGUAAUCUAUAUUGAUCAUUUGCAGAGGUAUUUAUUCAAGUUGAUAUAGUACAUACUAAUAUCGUUGAAUUAAAGCUUGGCGUGUGAUUGCUAAUUGAGCACACAAUAUUAGUAUUUGCUUUUUAAAAAAUUUUGUUUUACACGAUAUUCACCUAGAAUAUUUAUGCGUAUUCUUUUUUUUUUUUAAACAGCAUCUUAAAACACGCCGAAUUUGGUAAUCCCAACAAGUACACUUUAAGAAGAGCAGUUAUUGUGGCAGCCUGAGAGGUGUCAUAAUCCCCCCCCCCCCCCCCCCCCCCCCCGGCGAUGGGGAUGGGGGUGAUGGCUGGAACUCUCGGCAUUACCCAUAUAAAAGCCACUCUGACUUCUCAGCACCAAACUUUCUUCACCUUUCUAUGCAAUUUCAGCUGCCCAGUGGUAACCCUUUGCUGACACAUUCGUUGUAUAGACUGACUCUAUAUUAAUGAGGUAAUCCCAAGGUACUGAACCUACAGCGUGUGUAAAUAAUAAGUAACACUAUGUCUAAAUCAUGAUAGCCCCCAUGCUAAAUUGGUUAGAUGUAUUUAUCACCGCUGUCCUAGACCUGACAGCGUUAUGUACAUAGCUCACCUUUGAGUAUUGUUUCACAUUGAAAAGUAGAGAGUGGCGCUUACCUGAUGGAAAUUACUUAAGGGGUUAAAGACUUUUCUUUCUAGUUUUGUAAUCGAGAGAAUAAGUGCAGACGGCUAAUGCGGUACAGUAGUGGCAGUCCACUUGUUAUUUUUAAACGUUUAAUAUCUAAAGCUGCUAGAACAAUCGCUAAUUUUUGUCAUUUAGCAAAAUAAAAACAGAAAGAAAAAUGGCUUCGUAAUUUAGGGAAGAGUGAAAAGUUAACCAGUUCUCAAAGAGCAUUAAAUAAGCAUAUGGAGAGCGGAUUAUUAUUCUCUCCCCUCCCCCCCCCCCCCCCCCCC